GUCCGGUCCCAGCUUCCUCCGUGUCGCCCGCAGGUCCUGGGCCUCUCCGCCACGCCCGGCCGCCUCGCCGUCAUGGCCUUCGUGCUCAACGCGCUCACCUGUGCUUUGGGCUUGCUGUAUUUCAUCCGACGAGGAAAGCAGUGUCUGGAUUUCACAGUCACAGUUCACUUUUUCCACCUUCUGGGCUGCUGGAUUUACAAUUCACACUUCCCCACAACUCUGACCUGGUGGCUAGUGCAUAUUGUGUGCAUAGCACUCAUGGCUGUGAUCGGGGAGUACCUAUGUAUGAGAACAGAACUCAAAGAGAUCCCCUUGAAUUCAGCCCCCAAGUCUAACGUAUAGGUUGGCUUUGGGUGCAUGCUGCAUCAGGUUAUUUUCCAACACCUCAGCACUGAUGUGUCCUAUGUCUGACAGUGUCAUUGUAGAAGCAGAGCAAGUCUGUUGGGACUUUUUUAAGAUCUUGGUGGCUUCAUCAGCAUGAAAAUCUUUGCAGACAGUGCACAAAAAAGACAUUUAUUUUAUUAACACACAGCAUUUAACACAACGGUUAAGCUUAGGUGCAUUAACUCUUUCCUCAAGUGACACGGACAACAAUAAGUCAGACAACCCAAUCUGAAGCAUGAGAAGCAGCUGGAGUUGAUAUGUGUGCUUGGGCUCUGCUUGUUGGAGCUGGGAUGACAUGAUCCAGUUUUUUGGCUUGGGUUUGCACAGUGACUGACUAGGAUCUGCUACUUCCAUCUUCUAAUGUGUUUUUUCUUCAGUUGUUUUUUGUUUAAAAGGAAGAAAUUAAACUGAGAUGGGAGAAAA